UGUAAAUACAAGAGUACUGUUCAUAAAGAAUUUAGAAAAAGACAAUAGUGGCACUGGGUUUGACGCAUGGAUUAUCAAAACAACAUUAUCAUUUUUUAUUUUUGUUUGCCGAUGUGAAUUUUUAUUUUCAUUUAUUCAAAACCCGCUUCUAUUGUUAAACCUCUUCGGGGUUUGAAUAGACUGUUCUUAUUUUAAAUGAAGUUUGGCUUGAACCACUAUCACAACAAAUGGAGACUGGACUUCAACUAUUUGGAAGACUAACGAGCCGGCCAAGCAUUGCAAGAAUUAGUACAACCCUCUUCCCCAACGAUUUGAAGCAAAAGGAGGUUGUAGAAAUCAGCGGAGAUCCAGCUAGUGGUAAAACGCACCUACUAACUUCUUUAAUAGCCACAUGCAUAUUGCCUUCCAACUAUGAAGGUUUCUGCAUUGGUGGUCUUCAAGCCGGUGUUAUAUUUCUGAAUACUGAUCUACAUUUUCAAAUAUUCAAAUUAGUAACAAUUCUUGACUAUCGGCUAAAACAUUGUAGGAAUGCUGAUGGUUCUUGUUUAAACCCUUCUCAGAUAGAAAACAUUAUUAAGUCGUCCCUCGAGAAUUUGCACAUCUAUGAUUGUGCAAAUACUUUUGUACUGCGAAUUACUAUUCACUCUCUUCAGCAGACCAUAGCCAGCAAUCCUAAGAUUAGUCUCAUAGUUCUAGACAGUGUGUCAGCAAAUUACUGGCAAGACGUUCAUCAAGGUGGCACUCGGAAAAUUGAUCUCUACACUGACAAAAUACUCAAGUUCCUUCAGAAAAUUGUUACCGAUUUUAAUUUGAGUAUCAUUUACACUCGGCCAACCUACUUCAAAUCUAUGUCGAGUAAAGUGAACAGAAACGUGUCACAGCAUCCUCUGAUUGGAUUCAUCAAUCAUAAAAUUGAAUUACGUAGGCCUACCGCUCAUGCCGAAUCAGGAGUAGUGUUUUUUAGGGCAGAAAUCAGAUGUCAUGACAAAGUAGUGUUCAAAUACUAUAAGAAUAAAUUGGAUGGAUUCGAAUGGAUAGAACUUGAUGCAUUGCCAAACCAGACAACAAAUGAUUGAUUUCAUUAUUUACUUUUUAAAGCGCAUUUCAAAAACGGUAAGUUAAUAUUUUACAGUAUAUUAUUUCAAUUGAAUAAAUAAAUGAAUAUGAAUACAUUGAAAUCUAUUCCAUUUCUAUAGUGCAGUAGAAAACCUAAUUUGAAACCAGAAAUGAUAAUGAAUAUCCAUAUUUUACACUACAUGGUACAUGGUAAAAAACUAUAUUUAUUAUUCAAGACAAUCUUUUUUUUAUAAUGAGGAUGAGUUCUCAAGUGCCUUAUUUUUGUGCUAUGCAAA